AUGAGAGACAGUCGAGAAAGAGCCAAUACACAAAUCGGUUAUGGUUAAUAUCAGGACAUUCUCCAGAAAUAAAAGAACUUGUCUCAAAUCAACAAUUAGACGAAUUAAUUGGAAUCUAUUGAGGAAGAUGAAGCUCCAUCAAAUUUUUCGAUUGAUCAGAUGGAGAAGGAUAGAGAAAAGAACCAGUUUCUUCGGAAAUCCAACGAUCUGGAUAUUGUCAACUAAAAUGAUUCAAUCUUUAAAUCCACUCUCAGCAGCGAGAAAUUAAAGGAACUCAAAUCAGGUAAAAAUGAAUGUUGCAUAUGUCAUAAGAGUGGCACACUCAUCCAUAAGAUGAAGCAAUGUAAAUUCUGUGGGAGUGUGGUGUGCAAGGAACACAGUAAAAAGAAAAGAAGGGAUCCAAAUAAUAGUACAAAAUUUAGGCGAUUAUGUGAAAUCUGCGAGGACAAAUACAUUAGACUCAGUGUUGAAACUGCCUACAUCCAGAAGAGAGAUUAAUAGGCUCAAUAGGCUUUGCAAUUGGAUUCCUAAUCCAAAGAGUUGCUGUAGGAUAUCAGGGUCUUGUAGAAUCAGAUUUCAGAGAUCCAUUAACAAGGGGUGAAAAACUAGGGAGAAUACAAAUAAAUACAGAAUGAGCUUAUCUUUAAGACUCAAAAAUUAGAUUAUGAAAUCAAGGGGUUCCAGGAUGAAAAUCUAAAGUUGAAAUCUACCAUUCAUUCUAUAAAAAAAGAAUUGCAAUAACUGAAUGAACGACUCAAUGAAAAAAAAGUGGAUUCUCAAAAGAAACAGCAUCAAUUACAUUCAAUAGAGUAAGAGAUUCAAUACAAUGACAUUGAGUGUCAAAAGGUGAUGUUAGAGAUCGAAAAGUUUCAAUUGAACAUUCAAUCAAAGAAACAAAAGGAUCAGCAGAAAUAAUAAUAGUAGAGAUCUCAAAUUCAAAAAGCAGAUAUCUAAAAUUAUCAACAAUAUAUCUUGGCUGAUGAUAAGCCCACUAUUUAAUAGUACAAUCCUUAUUUGAAUGAUAAUACUACCAUUAAUGUGAAUAGUGAACCUGAAACUUCAAGUAGUAGUAAUAAAAAGAAGAAAUCCAGUAAGGAGAAGUAAGACCGAGAAGAAGACAACUGUUGCAUAAUAAUGUGA